GCUGGGUCGUCUUGCAGCCAUUGUGGCUAAGCAAGUGUUGCUGGGUAAGAUUUGAUCUGUGCGUGGGACAAUUGUGUCACUCAUCCCAAUAUAUGGAGGGCGUAUUGUAUCUUGACGAGGAUGAGGCAAGGGCGCAAAGUUGUAGUUGUACGAUGUGAAGGGAUUAACAUAUCUGGCAACUUCUACCGCAACAAAUUGAAAUACCUUGCUUUCCUCCGCAAGCGGAUGAACACCAACCCAUCCCGUGGCCCGUAUCACUUCCGUGCCCCCAGUCGAAUUUUCUGGAGAACAGUUCGAGGAAUGCUCCCUCACAAAACCAAACGUGGUCAGGCUGCCUUAGAGAGGCUGAAGGUUUUUGAUGGGAUCCCUCCACCUUACGAUAAGCGCAAGAGAAUGGUCGUCCCUGCUGCUCUGAAAGUUGUCCGUCUCAAACCCACACGCAAGUUUGCUUAUUUGGGCCGCCUUGCCCAUGAGGUUGGGUGGAAGUACCAGGCCAUCACAGCCACUCUGGAAGAGAAGCGUAAAGAGAAGGCCAAGGUUCACUAUACAAAGAAGAAACAGCUUAUGAAACUCCGAAAGCAAGCAGAGAAAAAUGUGGAGAGUAAGAUUGCUCCAUACACAGAUGUCCUGAAGCAUUAUGGUAUCUUGAUUUAAAUGAAGGUCUAGGGUUCAGUUCACAAUAAAGAAUACAAUUUACAGA